AUGAAACAUCGCCAGUCAACAACACACACAUUUCAACUAGCAAAUGUCAACGAGUUAUGUGAGAAGAGUUUUAUUUACGAAAGCAAAAGCGGCGACAUUGAUGGGCGAAAAGGAUUAACAGAAUUAAAAUAUUUGGAAUGGAAGAUCGCGAUGCGUGAAAAGUGCGUCAGUGUUUGGAUGAGAACCAAGAAAAACAAAAUCGUUCAGAUAAAUUUUUUAAUAUUUGUCGAUGAAACUCAUAAUUCUGAAGACACACAAAGCAUUUAA